GAAGGCGGGCACGGCGCCGGCGCCAGUGAGCGGGCGCAUCCCUUGUCGACCAAAAGCCAACCCCGACCGGCGUCAUGGUGGUCAACUUCAAGGUGUUCAAGAAGGCCUCCCCGAACGGGAAGGUGACCCUGUACCUCGGCAGGCGCGACUUCGUGGACCACAUUACGGGCGUCGAGCCUAUUGAUGGCGUCAUCACCGUGGACCCCGAGUACCUGCAGGGCCGCAAGGUGUUCGGUCAGGUGGUGUGCUCCUUCCGGUACGGCCGCGAGCAGGAUGAGGUCAUGGGACUCAACUUCCAGAAGGACCUGUUCCUGGCCUCGGAGCAGAUCUACCCGCCGCCGGAGAAGGUGGACCGCAACAGCACUCGGUUGCAGGAGCGGCUCCUCAAGAAGCUCGGUGACCACGCCGUGCCCUUCGCCUUCAACGUCCCCGCGUCGGCCCCCGCGUCCGUCACCUUGCAGCCCGGGCACGAGGACGAGGGUGAGCCCUGCGGCGUGCAGUACUACGUCAAGAUCUUCGUCGGGGAGACCGAGACGGACCGCAGCCACCGCAGGAGCAGCGUGGCCAUGGGCAUCCGGAAGGUGCAGUACGCGCCGUCCAAGCAGGGCCGCCAGCCGUGCACCGUCGUGCGCAAGGACUUCAUGAUGAGCCCCGGCGAGCUGGAGCUGGAGGUGACCCUGGACAAGCAGCUGUACCACCACGGCGAGAAGAUCGCCGUCAACGUCUGCAUCCGCAACAACAGCAACAAGGUGGUGAAGAAGAUCAAGGCCAUGGUACAGCAGGGGGUCGACGUGGUGCUCUUCCAGAACGGGCAGUACCGCUCCUCCAUCGCCUCUAUGGAGACACAGGAGGGGUGUCCCAUCCAGCCAGGCUCCUCCCUACAGAAGGUGGUCUACCUCACGCCCUCGCUCACUUGCAACAAGGACCGGCGAGGUAUUGCCUUGGACGGCCAGCUCAAGAGAGAGGACACCAACCUGGCCUCAUCUACUCUGUUGGCAUCUCCAGACCAAAAAGACGCCUUUGGCAUAGUUGUUUCGUACUCGGUGAAGGUGAAACUAUUCCUUGGGGCACUUGGUGGAGAAGUCACUGCAGAACUCCCAUUUGUUCUUAUGCAUCCAAAGCCUUCAAAAGUGAGAUUGGUCCAUGCUGACAGUCAAGCAGAAGUUGAAUGCUUCCGUCAAGACACAAUUGACUGUGCAGAUGCAGAAAUUGCUGCUCAUGGGUAGACAAAUCUUUCCAUGCAAUAAAGAUCUAUAACUUAAUUUUUUAACUCAGUAGAGGGAAGAUGAUACAAACAAUGUUCUCGGCUGGGAAUGCAAGACUAAAAACAAAAGUGCCACAAAAAAGGAAAAAUGCAUUCAACUUUAUAUUUUUGUUACAUGUUCUAUGUAAAAGGGAGACUGUAUGUAACUGUUGAUGAUUGGAUUAAUUUUAUAAGAAGAAAUGUACGCGGCUAAAAAGACAUUCAAAUAAUUUAUACAGACAUUUACAUACAUAGAACAGUCAAUAGGAUAAAUAAAAUAACAGAUAUCAAAAAGUUUACUUAUUUACAUAGAUUGGCAAUUGUUUAAAAGAUAAGUCUUUUUUUGAAAAAGAAUCAUUACAGUGAAACUGAAAAUUGGAGUAGAAUUAAUUCUACUGCAAUAUAUAACAAGAGAUCAUUUAUAUAUCAAUGGUAACAGUAGGAAACAGAGAGUAGAUAUCACAACCUAGAAAAUUAAGUAUGUAAAAAGAAAUAUUCUCAUUACAUUUAUGAAUUUACUUCAGACAAAAUCUAGAAAUACUUCCAUGUCUGCAGCAAAGUUUGAUCUCCAAACCUAUAAAGAAGGGGUCAAAAAUUAUUUUUCUACAGGAACUACAAAAUAAAUAAAUCAAGAUAAAAAUUACUUCAGGGAAUACUUACAGAGGAUUUUCCUUUGAAGCAAUGUUCAAUAAAUCACGCAAGCGUCGGGCACUGUG